GUUUGUCUCCUUCCCUGUGAACAAUCAAAUACGUACUCUGUUCCGACUUUCCUUUACCUCCCUUUUUCAAUCUCACAUACUCACUUUUAAUACCUCAAAACAAAUUUUAUUAACCAACCAUACCGUCCAUCCUAGGAAACAGAGCACGAAGAAUGUCAUUCUUCUCCAGGAAGAAGCAGCCUAGCGCGAGUCAGCUCGCUGCUUCAUCCGUAACAGUAGCUCAGACUCCAAGUCAAGCUCUUGCUCAGCUAGCUGCAAAGGAGAAUGCUGUUCAACAACAACACAUACGGGAUAAUGAUUCUCUCAGUUCAAAUACACCCAAUGGCCCUCUCAACCCCGCCGCCGCCCUCGCUCAACAACAACGUCAACCACCUCGCGGCGCCAGCCCCAGCUUAUCACAACAACCGCCCCAAUCACAGCAGCAGCAACCCCAAGGUCCCCAGCAGCCUCAACAGCGACCAGCUUAUCCAUGGUCUGCGCGGCGCUUACUCCUCCCUCCCCCCAUUUCAGUCCCAAAACCUGGCCAGGUCGCACCAAAUUCACCUUCACCUUCUCCAUUCCCUCGCUAUGGUCAUGCACUUCCUGCCACAGCCACCACUUCGGGCGAGUUGUAUCUUUUUGGUGGUCUCGUCCGCGAAACAGCCCGCAAUGAUUUGUACCUUUUUUCUACCCGCGAUCUCUCCGCGACUCUCGUUCAGACAGGUGGUGAAAUACCCUCACCGCGAGUCGGUCACGCCAGUGCGAUCGUUAGCAGCGUUCUUAUUGUAUGGGGAGGCGACACAAAAACAGACCCCUUGUCCGAUCAGUCAGAAAAGCAAGAUGAUGGCUUAUAUCUACUAAACCUUGUUUCACGAGAGUGGACCCGGGUAGCUAUGCACGGUCCUGCACCUGCUGGACGCUAUGGUCACGCUGUUACCAUGGUCGGCACCAAAUUCUUCGUCUUCGGAGGACAGGUAGAUGGCGAGUUCCUGAAUGACCUUUGGUCAUUUGAUCUCAACACGCUCCGCACACAAACGGCUUGGGAGCUGUGUCAGCCCGUCGGAGCCGCCCGUCCUGCUCAACGUACAGGACAUGCCUGUGUAACGUACCAGGAUCGCAUCAUCAUGUUCGGAGGAACGGAUGGUCAAUACCAUUACAAUGAUACAUGGUCGUAUGACACUAAUACAAGAACCUGGACGGAGCUGCAAUGUAUUGGAUUUAUUCCCUCGCCGCGAGAAGGCCACGCAGCCGCUGUCGUUGACGAUGUCAUUUACAUAUUUGGUGGCCGGGGUGUAGACGGCAAGGACCUUGGCGAUUUGGCAGCUUUCAAAAUGUCAAACCAGAGAUGGUACAUGUUCCAAAACAUGGGUCCAGCGCCUAGCGGCCGUUCGGGACAUGCUAUGGCGUCCAUGGGAACCAGAGUUUUUGUCCUUGGCGGAGAGUCUUUCACGCCAACCAAGGGCGAUGACCAUGGAAUUAUUCAUGUUCUUGACACCAAGCACAUCAAAUACCCUGAUUCAAACAAAGGACCAUCGACCAACAAGUCUGAUCGAAAGUCGUCUGCAACACCAACUCCCCCAGGGAGCGCUCUGCCUAACGGUUCCCGUGCCAUGUCUCCGACAGGUGCUUCUCAGGACGCAGAUGAACUUCGCCGGGCUAUAUCUCCGCAAGGAAGCCGGCCAGGAACUCGGACACCGAAUGGUGUCCCUGCACAGUCAUCUCCCAAUACCAAAGGUAAAAUACCGACGCGCCCCCGAAGGGAUGACGGGGACGUGCUCGGAACGGAUGACGGACACGGGACGGACACUGUUGUCGAGUCUAUCCACGUCGCUCGAGAUCACGCACCAUCACCAGAGCAGAAUCGAGCACGGAGUCCCAACUCCUUUAGUGUCGUCACCCGUGCGAUGUCUCCCACAUCGCAGAAUGCGGCCGAUCCUUAUGGCAGCGUACAGCCACCCAGUGUGGCGAGCGUGGCGAUGGGCGGUUUGGCUGCGCGAAGUCCAUCACCUAUUGUGGAUCGUAGCAGGCCUCCGAUUGAUGCUUUCUAUCUGCCGUCAUCCGCUUCUUCCAGUGCGAACGGAAACGGGCAUGCACAGGGGAAAUAUGGUUCGACGGGCAAUGUGACGGCUGACCUGAUUCGGGAUUACAAGGUCAAAGAGAUGGAAGUCGAGACGCUGCGGAGGCGGGAAGCUUGGAUGAAGACGGCACUUCUGAAAGCGUCCCGGUCGGGCUUUGUUCAGCUUGACGAAGAAGCGUUGGAAGCAGAGGAUCUUGACCUCCAAGAUUCUACCAGUGAAGAUCAGAGGAAGCUUGCUGACAUGGUCAUGAAUUUCAAGCACUUCAAGACUCAGAUGCAGACAACAUUGGCCAAUCAAGCCCGUGAGGCUUCUGAACGCAUUGCGGAUGCCGAACGCAUGAAAGCCGCUGCAAUCCAAGAAGCUGCAUACUACCGUGCGAAGCUUACUGCACACGAAGCAUCUGCACCUACCGAGGUUUCGCAAAUAGAGCGAGAGCGUAUCUCUGAACUCGAACGUCACCUUGCAACUCUACUGGCUGAACAGACUGCACAGAAGAAGUCAGUGGACGAGCUGAGUGACUCGCUCGCCUUGCAGACCACGCUGCUUGAACAAGCCGAGGCACGGUCUUCCGACGCCAGCACACGUGCAGAUGCCCUGGAGGAGACGCACCAUCGUGUUGUUCGCGAACACGCUGAAAUUCGCGACCGUUGUGUCGAUGUUGAGGCUGCUCUUCGAGAUCACGCCGAUCGACUCCUUGGCCAGACUUCGUUGCUUGAGCAAAAAGACGCUGAACACUCGCAGGUCAAGAGACAGGUUGAAGAGUUGACUCAACUCCGCGAUCAACAUAUCCGCGCUUUGGACCAAGCCCGUACGGCACUAGAAGCAAUAGCCUCCCGGUCUGAAGAAGAUCAACGCGCUCGCGACCAGAUCACUCAGCUAGAAGCAGAUGUCGCCGAACUACGCGGAGACUUGGAGAUUCGUAUGUCUGAAGUGGAACAAGCGAGGGCUAGGCUGGCAGAGGUUGAGAACGCGUGGGCCAAGUCUCGUGAAGAAGCCGAUGCAUUCCGUGCACUCACCACUGGCAGUCUUGGUGAGCUCCUGGACUCGCAUCGUGAUCUCAGGGCAGACGAAGACCGAAUCACGAGAGAUCACACGGAGAAAAUGGAGGUCAUGGAGGCGGAAGCUGCUUCUCUACGGAAGAUGCUGAAGGAGACUACACAGCAGCUGGAGGAAGUACAAAGAGACGUCUCAGAGGAACGGCGCAGGGUACGGCAAACGGAAUCCGAGCAAACAUUCCUGCGAUCGCAAAUCGUGGGUCUCCGGGCGCAGCUGUCCAGCUCUGUCUUGGAGCAGGGUCGUCUGCGCAGAGACUUUGCAGAAAAGAAGAAUGAUCUACAGGGAGCGUUGAAAGACGCAUCCGAUGCCAACGUUCGCCUGGUGAUGCUUCGGAACUAUCUUUCAGAAAACGGCAUCAUCCCAGAUUCGGAUGAACCCUCCUCAAAUUCGGGAAGUUCCUCGCGAAUAAUAGACCUGGAGAAGCAGCUGGAAGAACGCUCCCUGCUGUACGAGCGCUCAGAGCGGGAGCUGAGUCAAGUUCUUCGAAAAAAGCGCGAACUUGAAGCACAGUUGAGUACCAUGUCACAGCAACAAGAUCGGGCGAGGCCUGUGCAGAGUCCCGUGAACCAAGGUGACUCAGCAGCUGAAGCACGCGCUCUUGAAGCUGAACGGAAACUCGAGGAGACGGAACGGAGCUAUAAGGCGCGAAUGCGCCAGAUGGAAGAAGACUAUCAGCUUGCCGUGCAUUAUGUGAAAGGAACCGAAAAAAUGAUGCGAAGGAUGAAAGACGAGGUUACGAGGACGAAAACCGCCUAUGCUAGUUUACAAGCGGAACUUGACACUGUUCGAGGACGAUCCAGCACUGAACCGCGACGUGGUGUUAACGGUCGCAGCACUCCUUCAGACGACAGUCACGACCACCUUCGCACCCAAUUGAUUGAUUCGCAGAAGCAAAGUCAGCGUCUAAUCGGUGACAACAAAGACCUCCGUCAAAGAAUUGAGACACUGGAGAAAGAUCUCGACAUCAUGAAGGACAACUUCGUUAUCUCUCAGCGGGAGUUUGAUGAACGCCAGAGUCGUGUGGAGGAGCUAGAGUUGGAGAUCGAGAGAUUGAACGCUACCCUCGCGGUAUAUCGUGAAGGCAGCGGUGCCAGUCUACUGGAACAGCUCACUAUCGAAAACACCAACCUCAAAAGGGAAAACGAGCAGCUUUCGCAUAAAAUCCACCUUCUCCUGGAAGUUGAUCAGCCCCUCAAACGACCAUCCAGCAUGUCCAGCUCAGAGAAUUUUGAGCACCUGUCGAAUGAACUGGACGAUUGGCAACGGCAGAUGGCUAGCUCUUUUGGCGCCCGGCGACCGCUCAGCGAUUUCGAGUCUCCCUCUCAUGUGUUAGGACAUGAGAGAACCCGGUCGCGAUCGUAACACUAUUUUUUGUCAUGUUCUGUUUUUUCUUGCUUUGCACAUAUAGUUAUACCCUUAUUGCUUACCGCCGCUCAUGCUCACACUCGUUUCGAUUCGUAGUUCUACGUUACACCAUUGCUUCCUCGCUGUUCGACGUCGAUUAUAUAUUGUGACAUGCAUCAACAUUUGCGACACCCCAAGUCUAACUCAUUGUGAUGCGGAUGCAGCUUUUUGUGUCCACUCGACUGCCUUCUGUUUGACAGCCGAUGCACCUUCCUCGUCCCCAAUCUUCUUCUCCAGUUCGAGCCACUUCUUGAAAAAUGACCUUUACACGAAAUUAGAUGUUACAAUGCUGCAAGAUAGUCCCAUACGUACUUUGCUUUAUGGCUAGUCAUUUUGAUGGCAAACACACGAUUGAAGAUGUUUCU